GCUUUCGUCCAAUCACACACAUCGACUGGCGCAAACCGGAAAAGGUCCAAUUUUACGUUUAAUAUCACAUUGGCGUUUGGAAAACUGCUGAAAGGAUGUCCUGUAACACUAGUGUAAUUCGUGUUCAAGUGCCAUCUGUGGACCAGACACAGCGAGUCCCAGUCCACCUACUGCCCUGUGAGAUUGAACACAAUGGUCCGGCUCAGGUCUCACAAUACCUAGCUGCUACCGUGAAAGACUGCAAACAAGAGAAGACAGUGUCGUUCAGAGGGCGUGGGUUGAAGGGACAGGAGCUCCGCUGUCCACAGGGCUACACUGGCUUGGUGUUAAAAGAGAUCAACAAGACUGGCUCUGACCAAGAGGAUAGGACAGUGAGGGUAUCCUCUGUGUUUGACAAGCUGACCUACUGGAACCUAGAGACGCCUCCGAACUCUGAUGAUACAGUUGUGAUGGCGAUGGAUUGGCCAGAGUUGGCUGAAGCUAUCCACGGGCCAGUAGAAGACUGAAGAGAGAGACAAAACUACCUGCUAAGAGGUUGCAGGUUGGUGUCACCUCAGCAUGUUAGGAACUAAAUGUACAGUUUCCUGGUUGCUUACUGGCUACAGUCAAGAAAUGCUAACCAGUUCAAUGCUACUGUAAGCAAGUAACAAACGUAAUGUUUAUAUUUUUGUACAUUUUCUUUUGUAGUUAAAAAAA